CACACACACACACACACACACACAAUGAGACUAUGAGACUAUAUGAUGUCCACGAAGAGCGCAGUUUCAUCGCUCACUAGUUCCCUGCGCCUUUACGCACCAUCAUCCUCUUCACUCCAGCUGGAAGCGCCACCUGAGAAGGAGACAGCGGGACUUUCUGCGUCUGCGCUACAAGAUAAAAGUUCACAAUUAAGCGGCUAAUUCAUUUCUAGAGGACUUUUUCCCCAUGAGACGCAUGAGAAGCAGAAGCAAGCGCGCAAACAAGACGUCUGGUGAACAUCUGCAUGACUGAAGGACGCAGCUCGCUCCGCGCCUCGCCAUGAACGCGACGAUCUUCAACAGCACGCUGUUUGCGCACGGCGCUCUGCUCAACAGCAGUCAGCAGCUCGCGGGCACGCUGGUGGACGAGGUGAGCGCGAGCGACGGCGGCGGCGGCGCCGGUGGAGGAUCUCUGGUGCUCGAGCCGGAUGAGCGCAAGCUGUUCGUGACGCGCGCCGUGCAGAUCGCGGUGCUGUGCGUGCUCUCCCUCACGGUCGUCUUCGGCAUCUUCUUUCUCGGCUGCAACCUCAUGAUCAAGUCCGAGAGCAUGAUCAACUUCUUGGUGAAAGAGCGGCGGCCGUCUAAAGACGUCGAGGCGGUGAUGAUCGGUCUCGGGUAACAGCACCGAGCGCGAGGACUGAUCUGUGCACCGGGGCGGAGGGUCGCCGCGCGCCUGGUUUCAUGUUGUGCAGCGCGUGAAUAUGCAACUCGUUCAUUUCAUCGUUUGCGUUUGUCGAGGAAAAGCUGAACGAGACUUUCAAGUGUCUUUAAAAGUCUCAUUCAUUACAGUGACUGUCACAGAAAUGGAAUUUGCACGCUGAAAAUAUUGAGAAUGUAUCGAUGUUUAUUGUUUAAAAUUUUUUAAAAAUAUAUCUAUUAUGUUAAAAUGAAUAUUCGAGCCAGUCUGUUGCAUUCGGGGUGUUUGACCUUUACAGUGAAAAUAUGUUUACACGUUUUUUACCUCAAGUGCAAAAACUAUUAAAACUUUUAACUUCCAAAAUGCAUGCAGCUGAAUGGAGUAAAUGUAGCCUAUGCAUCUGGCACCGUGGCUGUUUUUAGUUUCGAAAGAUGUUUAAGUGUAUUUUUUUCGCACGGUUGGAGGAAAUAUUUAUCAUCAGUAAUAUUUGCACGUUUUCCUCCGAGUCCCUGGGUUCUCUGCUGGAGAUGCAGCAUGUGCGAUGCUCCUUCUGAGUUUUCUGUCUUGCACUUUCUUAUGAAACUUCAGUGCUGCUGCAUGAACUGUUUUGUACAUAAAGAUGAAACUUGAAGUAGUCCAGCGUGUGUCAAUAAAUCUAACCUUUCAGUGUUGCUUCAAUAUUUCCAUCUUUUAUUUUACUUGUGGACUUUCUUUUAUAACAGAAGACAGUCCCAGUUCCAACACUCUUGUCAAAUUUUUACAGAUUUUUGCUACUUAAAACUGUAGCUUAUUCUCUAUUAACAGUUUUGACCUAAUAGCUGGUACAGUAACUCAUUAUUUUAAUUAUUUCAAAAAGCCACCCAAUAAAUAUGUAUUUAAUACCUGAAUUAUAUAUUGUAUCUUAAAAACUGAAUAAAGAUUUGUGAAUUUG